GCUCAAUAAUUGACACUCUGUCUCAUAAGAUUAAAAAUCUAAGCAAUGCAUCACCUACCGUAAUGGCCGAAGACCAAAUCCCAAAGACAACCUCCUCCUCCUCCACCAUCUCUCCCUGUCACGCACAAGAGUAGUUUGAGCAGUGGCAAGAAAAAUCCUUCUGCCAGAGCAUCAUGUAGUUUGCCCUUUGACAAAGCAAUCCAUUAGUAUCCUCUUCCUGCCUCUCUUACCAACAUACACACAGACACAGUAGCAGGAACAAUCAAUGGCAAUAAGAUGUUCUUGUCCUGUUGUCAUCCUUCCAAGAGGUCUGACCAAGAAGGCCAUGCCAAGAGCUUCCAUGCUUGACAACAGCCAGACACAACCCAGCAGAGCAUCAACUUCUUCAUACAAUCUUUUCACAGCCAACAAGGUUUUUGAAGACCAAGCAAUGGGGAUAGUCUGUCACAUAGAUGGAAAGGGAGAAGUAGUCUGCGAGGGGUACGAUGAAGGUCCAAGGUUUAGUCCAUGGUCGGACACAUAUCACCAAAGAGACCAUCAGAUUCCAAAUUUCCAACAAAUGAAGCUUCAAAUCGCCACAGAUGAUGACUUUUAUCGGAUAAUUCACAAACAAAACUAACAUUUGAACAGGUAAAUGGGUCUGCUCGCUUGGAAAAAUACCAAAUCGAUGUUGAGGUAUCUCUAUCGUUGCAUGUUUAUAUUGUAAAGAUGGAUGAUUUGCUGGACAUGCAAGUUUCAAAAUGAAAGGCUGGCUUCUGAUGACCAAGUUCUUGUGUAUAUCUGUCAUAAUUUCAACAAAAUAUUAACCUAACUACAAAAUAUGGAGUGUGUAUGUUUGCAUUCAUUUAAUUCCUUCAUUUAAACUCAAAGAUUUCUUUUUUCAA